AUGUCUGCCAUCGCUAGGGAUAUUCCUGGUCAUUCUUUGUGUUACGCCAAGUGCCGCUUGCAGCAACAAUUUCGCCUUGAUAACGAAAAUAAAGAACGAACGUACGAAGAGUGUGCCAGUGAACCGAACCAUGUUUCCCGGUUUAGGGUACCGCUGCCGGUCAACGCCUGUGGUCCAAUCAAACUCGAUGAGAUUCAUCCAUACUGCCAAAUACGGAGCCCAAGCCAAUGA